AUGGAUGAAGACGAAGAUCAUCUCCUUCUGGAAUCUCUAUCAGUUUCCAAACUUGGUGAACCAUACUUCUCGAGAAACGAAUGUGAGCUGUUGACAAGAUUUUUAGAGGAUCAACAAGAGAAUCGGCUAGACAGCUUAUCACUUCAUCAGUUAUGCACAAAUCUGAUCAGGAAUCGGAUAUGUAGCAAAGAAUUCAUCGGGAGCCGACCUGCAAAGAAAUGGAUAUUCCUUAUCUUCCGACUGGCUCGAACUCUUUUUCGAGACAAAUCCCGAAUCGCCACGUUUCAUUCAGUCAACCAAUAUUCGGAUUUUGUUCAGGUAUCACUUUUCUCCUUUCUCCUAAAACCUACCUUUUUGCUUAAGACUUUCCGAUUCAUCGCUUCUCGAUUUCUUCGAAGUGAACACGAUUGGAAUGUAACCAUUGUCAACUGCUUGAAUGUAACCCAAAAACUAAUCGAUAACGGUGAGAAUGCACAAAAGUUUGUGGAUUGCAAUCUAGAAGAUGGAGUACUGAUGUUGUUGGCCACGAGGCAAAUGACGGUUCUUCAGCAUUCUUUGGAGAUUCUUGGAAGGUUGUCGGAUUGGUCAAACAUUUGCAGAGCAAAUUUACUCUGUGUAAGCCUUCUCCGAAUAUUAUCCUUCGAAGAGCAAGCCCGUGAACAAAUCCGAAUCUACGACGGCGUUCCAACCCUUCUAGGUCUCCUCUCAAUCAAAAACUCACGACUUCAAUGGCACGUCGCCUGGACGCUUGCUCAAUUGGCGGAACAACACGAAACGUCUCUAGAGAUUGCUCAGCUUGGCGGAAUUAGUCUCAUUUUCUCUGCUAUCUCAAAUCCCAAACCACCUGGAAAAGCAGUCGCAGACUGGGUGUCAAUGCUCAAUGGAUUGACUGCUUUGUUGGCUCAAUUGGCACAACAAAGUAGUAAUCAGCAGAUGAUGUCAAAUGCAAAUGGAGUAUAUAUUCUCGGGAAAUUGCUAGCGAUUCGGAAACAAGUCGUAACUGAGGAACCGAUAGAUUCUUGGUUGUUACUUCAAUGUUCUAUUUUCCGAGUUCUGAGGUUGAUGUACACUUUCGAAAGAUCUAGACAAUUACUGAAGAAGGUUUUGCCAUUAGAGAUUUUUGAGAAAUUUGUGGAUGUUGGAAAUUACAAUAGUUUACUGACAGACUAUGAUGAGAUUGCGAGAAUGUAUGAUACCCUAAUUGAAGAAAACAUUGACAUUAUGAAGGACUGGGAAGCAGUGAACGAGAGAAGACAAGCAGUUGGAGAAGUUGGCGAGUAUGAACUUCUGGAUCAAUUGGGAGCUGGAGCAUUUGGUUGUGUGUACACUGUCCGAAAAAAAGCACAAAGCCAUUCUGAGAACCCCGCAAAGUUGUUUGCGUUGAAAGAAAUUUUUAUGACAAACCUGAACAGUGAUCGAGAAUCGGAUAAAAGUUUUGGAGAUAUGAUAAGCGAAGUGAAGAUUAUCAAACAGCAGUUGAGGCAUCCAAACAUUGUUCGGUAUCGGAGAAUUUUUGUGGAAAAUCAUAGGCUGUAUAUUGUGAUGGAUUUGAUACAAGGAAGUUCACUUCGGGAUUUGAUUAUAACCAUGAAAGAGAAGAAGAGCAAUUUUGAGGAGAAGAAAAUAUGGGCGGUUGUUGUGCAGAUGAUGUUGGCUCUUCGGUACCUCCACAAAGAAAAGCAAAUCGUACAUCGAGAUCUGAAACCCAACAACAUCAUGAUGACAACAGAUCGAGUCGUAAUUACAGAUUUUGGUCUUGCCAAACAAAAAGGACCAGAAUAUCUGAAAUCAGCUGCGGGUACUAUUAUUUACAGUUGUCCUGAAAUCGUGCAAAAUUUGCCGUAUGGAGAGAAAGCUGAUAUUUGGUCUUUUGGAUGUUGUGUAUAUGAAAUGUGUCAUUUAAAACCAGCAUUUCAUUCAACGAAUAUGCUAACUCUAGCAAUGCAAAUAGUUGAAGCCAAAUACGAUGAAUUAGAUGAAAUGUGGAGUGAAGAUUUGAAAUCAUUAAUUACUUCUUGUCUAGCACCCGAUCAAGCGGAACGACCAGAUAUCCUGAAGGUGUCUGGAAUGUGUGGAUCUCGACUUCUCGAGUAUUUAGAUGAUGUGGCAAGACAACAAGCAACGACGUCGGAUAUGACUGCGUCGUUCUCAAAUUAUAACAAUAAUUCGAAGUUCGUAGAUGAUUCGCCUUCUUCGCUAAACUCAAGUACCAGUUCUUAUAAGAGACCUGGAAGGCCUAAAAUUGCUCAAACCGGGUUAUUACCACCAAUCAAUCCUGCUCCGCGCAGAAACCAUUCGAUGUCUGCUGGAGAAACUCCCCGUAUGCCAUUCUCUAACAUCGUCACUCUUCCCAGGAUCACAAAUGAUAAAUACAGUAUGAUGUUCCCGUCAGCGCCAUCAGCUAUUCCAAAUCGGCGACGUGUGCAAACAUGCUCCAGCGAGCAUCCAGCAAGAUCAUCCUCAUCCACAGAACUAAAAGUAACAAAACAGUCGGAUGGCUUGACAGUCAGCAGUAAUGCUCUUAGACAAAUCCAGGAUCCAGUUUUGACGAUUUUAAAUCAAAUUCAUCGAAUCAUGGUUAUCACUGAUAAAGAAUCAGUUCCAACAACAAUGAAUCAUCAGAGAAGACUUGUUGAAAUGUUCCGGAAGAAUCUUUUGGGACGAGAUAAUGAUGCAGUUCAAAUGAAAACUCAUUUACGGAAGUUGGCUGCAGAAUCUCCAGAAGAAAUCAAUAUGAAUUUGGGAUUCUCAGAUUUUCGUCCAGUUCUGGUACAAUCUCAUAUAAACGGAUACCAAAAGGAUCAAAAAGUGACAAAAAUUACCUACGAACAAUUGUCGGCUUGUAUCGAAUGUCUGUUAGUGGAAAAUCCUCCGACAUGCACGCCUCAAGAUUCCUGCAGUUGCUAUUCCGGAUCGUCGCGCUUCGGAACUCUUUGCCAGUACGCCUCCAGCUACAACAACUACAUUUGCUGCUACUCAACGAAUACACGUGAGUAUAUGUAUUCUGAAAUUUCAACGAAGCACUUGAACGAAUGCGGAGCCAACUCCAGUCCUCAAAUAUCAGCGUCCGGACAAGUUGUCUCUUGCUCGACCAACUCUAACUGUGCUUCUGGAUACCAGUGUAAUAAUGGAGUGUGUUGCCCAAAUACUAAUUCAAAUUCCUGCAGCAACUCUGGAAAUAAUGGAUGCCUAACCGGCCAAGUGCUCGUAAAUGGACAAUGUUACAAUUCAGUAAAUAUUGGAUCUGCAUGUCAAAUGACUCAACAAUGUACCGGAGGAUCUCAGUGCCAGAAUGGGAUGUGUCAAUGCAUAAGUGGAUAUGUAAAUGUCAAUCAGCAGUGUGUUAUCAGUAACGGAUUGAAUUGUCAACUUGGAACUGUUUCUUAUAACUCUCAGUGUAUCACACUGGCUUCACCGGGACAGUCUUGUGUCACAUCUUCUCAAUGCAUCGAUAAUUCGUUAUGCAAUAAUGGAGUUUGCAGUUGUAAUAAUAAUUAUCAACUUGUCUACGGAUACUGUGUACCAUUCUCUAAUGGAAACUGCCAAAAUACCCAAACUCUUGUCAACAAUCAAUGCGUUCUUCUAUCAAUCGUCGGAGAGACCUGCAUCGCCAACCAACAGUGUGUGGGUGGAGCUAUCUGCAAUUCGGGAACCUGUAGAUGUCAAACUGGCUCGACAGCCAUGUAUGGAUACUGUAUCAGUUCCUCAUCAAACUCUUGCAAUUCCAACCAAGUCGCCAUCAACGGUUUGUGCUACAACACAGUGCAAGUCGGUGGAUCGUGCUCCUUCUCCCAACAGUGCCUCAAUCAAGCCGUCUGUACAAACAACAUCUGCGUCUCGUCAUUCUGCAAUAUCCAAUGCAACCAAAAUCAGGUGUGCAUCUCUAACCAAUGCUAUAACUAUGUGUCUGUCGGGUCACAGUGCACCGGCUCCCAACAGUGUCUCUCCAAUUCUCAGUGCACGAAUGGAUUCUGUCAGUGUCCACAAGGAACUCAAUUGGUCAAUGGAGUAUGCACAUCAAACAAUAACAACGGGGGAUGUCAAAACAAUCAGGUUUCCUACAAUGGUCAAUGCUACAAUACCGUAUCUAUUGGAUCACAAUGUGUCAUCACCCAGCAAUGUCUUGGCAACUCCCAAUGCCUCAAUUCCUUCUGCCAAUGUCCUUCUGGAUCUUCCAAUGUCAACGGAUUCUGUCAGGGAUCCAACGGCCAGUGUGGAACCAACCAGAUUCUAUACAACGGUCAAUGCUACAACACAGUUUCAAUUGGUAACAGAUGCACCAUCACGCAGCAGUGCCUCGGAAACUCUCAGUGCAUGAAUUCGAUUUGUCAGUGUCCUUCUGGAUCAAACAAUGUGAAUGGAUUCUGUCAAGGAGGAUCUUCUGGAAACUGUAAUUCCAAUCAAGUUUCCUACAACGGCCAAUGCUACAACACCGUCUCCAUCGGCUCCCAAUGCAUGAUUACUCAACAGUGUCUUGGAAACUCUCAGUGCAUCAACUCCUUCUGUCAGUGUCCAUCUGGUACCAACAACGUCAACGGAUUCUGCCAGACGACGUCAACUGCGAACCUCUGCUCCGCGGGGCAAACCGUUCAACUUGAUAACACAAAUCAACCAAUCAAUUGCUUGGUGUCAACAUGUCCAACGAACUCGUUCUGUCAGUAUUCUGCCAGUGGACAACGAUAUGUGUGCUGUAGAAGUACAUCGGGAAAGAAGAAG